GCUUCAACACAUGAGCCACGGCUUUGUCAGCGUGUUCUCCAGAGAGUACGUAAAAACACACCUGUACAUUUGCGUUGCCCUAAAUCUGAUUUCUAAACCUAAAUAGCUUAACAUAAAUACAUUCAUAUUGAUUCUGAAGAACAUAAAUUCGUUCAAACAGAGAGAAACCUAACUUCCAUACAUUACAAGGUUCACCUACGGUGUAUAGGCCUAAUGAAGGUACAUUGAACAGGUAAGAUAUACAAUAUGUUCUUAGAACAAGGGAAUUUUCCACAAAUUUCAGGUUUGGGUAAGUUGUUUUAAAUGUUUAUGUUUAAAUGUUUGAGAACUAAAACCUGUAAGCUUUAAGUCUGCUUUCUGGCAGCUAUUUCAGACUCAAACACUUCCUCUGUGGGAUUGUGAAACUCAAGGUGGUCUGUUGGUGGUCUUGUGGUGAGACUGUGACACAAGAUAAAAUGAUUUGACAAAAAACGUAGGAUGAGGAUCUGCAAUCACAUCGCAAAUAUAGAUCUGAAAGUGAGCAAAAGGAAAAGAAAACCAAGAAAAAAGAAAAAAAAAAGUGAUGACAAUCAGUUCCUGUCUGUACCUCCCCCUGAAAGACGUAGGUUUUCUCCUAAACAGUAUGUUAGUGCAAAGCAUAAAUCAGCAGAAACGGGAAGACGUUUGCAUCUCCGGUGGCUGCCUGUGUUGCUCUGUUCCAUCUGCAGCAUGAAGUGUGACCUCAAGAAGAAACUCUUACUUUUUUCAUUCAUGUUGUACUUGACUCUUAACGUGGAAUCAAGGCAUGAAGUCAAUGGUACAUCGGAAGAAAACAUCAUGGUUAAAUUCACUUUAAAUUCUGAUAGCAACAGCAAACCUAGUCUGUACAAAAAUGGGGAAAAGAAAGGAGUUUGCAAACAAAUCAGCCCUUGCAAUGAAAAGUUUGCCCUGAGUGAUGUGGAAAACAGUAUUGUCACACUACACAUCACAAAUCUCACACUGGAAGAUGAAGGAAUGUAUCAUGUUGCGGUGCUUCCAGAUAAAAAUAACCCUUUUAUUGAGAGCAAUAAAAUUUAUAUUAGAGUCAAAGUUGGUAAUAAAACAACAGAAACUGAAAAAGAAACAGAAGCUGUGCAUGAAAGCAUAGUGACUAAUUCACCUAAACUGGAUUCAUCAGAUCAAAAACCGUUUUUCAUUUUCUUCAGUGCAUCAGUCAUAGUAUUUAUAUGUCUCUUUGUGGGCAUAUUGUACUGGCUUUUUAGGACCUAUCCAAGAAAACCAGACGGAGAAAACCCACCAGUUCACAACAACAGAACGGCACAGCAGCAGGGGCAAUGUGGGACAUCCGGUGCUGUGUUUGUCAGCUGUGUGGAGUAUGGAGAGUUAGAUUUUCAAAAUAGACCUGAAAGAGAUGACAGAGUAAAACCUGCCGAGGCGACAUCAAAGACCCAGGACGGAGUGGAAUAUGCUGCCAUCAUUUUCCCUCAGCAAAAACAGACACCGUGUGGGCGGAUAAGAAAUAAACAGCAAGUACCUGCCAUUAAGUGAUAGUCAGACUCAUGAAAACCAUAUCAUGCAUUUUCCACUAAAGUUAUUCUGUUUUAAUAUUUGCUCAUAUAAACCUAAUAUAUAUUAAUUUGGGAGUUGUAUUAAGAGUGAGUAGACGUCCUAAGACUGCCACACACUGUAAAUCAUUCACACUGUUCAUAAUGAUACUGUAAAUGAGCCAGUGAGUUUAACACUGAGUCAUAGUGAGGUGCUAACCACAGAAGCCCCCAUAAAGGAACCCGAGGUACUUGAAUAUUUUUGUACAGUAUUAUGCAAACCAGGCUCAUUGGACAAAACAUUCUUGUUCUGCAAAAUGAUAUUACGUUGCUUAGUUUUGUAUUUUGCCACACUUUCCAAGUGAAACGUCCAGUGAGUGGCACUAAGAACGUGUCCAAUUUGAUUAAAGUUUUGAUUUUGAUUCGCAGCAGUUCAGAAAUGUAUGGAAGCCCAUUUCCACCACUGAAUAAAAAAUAAAAAAGGUAAUUACAACUUUUUAUCUCACAAUUCCAACUUUUUCUUGCAGUUGCAUGAUAUAAACUUGCAAGUGCAAGUUAGAAAGUCAGAAUUGUGAGAUAAAACUCUAAUUCUAAAAAAAAGAGACUAUUUUCUUGCAACUGUAUAUCUCACAAUUCUGAUUUUAUAACAAGCACUUGUGUGUAAAAUAAAGUCAGAAUUGAGGGAUAUAAAAUUGCAAUUGUGAGAAACAAAGUCAGAAUUGCAACUAUUUUCUUACGAUUGCAAGUUUAUAUCACAACUGUGGGGAAAAAGUCAGAAUUUUGAGAUAUAACUCACAAUUGUGAUAAAGUCAGAAUUGCAAGAUAUGAACUCCACUUCUGUGGAAAAAAGACUAUUUUCUCACAAUUGCGAAUUCAUGUCACAAUUCUGACUUUAUAACGUGCAAUUUCAAGUUUAUAUUGCAUAAUUGUGAGUAGUUUGCUUAAGUCACUACUACACUGUAAAAAAGUCAACUUAAAAUAAUUUGUUACAGCUUAAAAUAAAGUUCAGCCAACUCAAUAUAAUAUAAAUAUACAAUUUCAAGUUAGAAAGUGCGAAUUGUGAGAUAUAAACUCGCAAUUGCAAGUGCAAGUUAGAAAGUCAGAAUUGCGAGAUAUAAACUGUAAUUCUGAAAAAAAAGACUAUUUUCUUACAACUGCAAUUUUAUAUCUCACAAUUCUGAUUUUACAAGCACUUGUGUGUGAAAUAAAGUCAGAAUUGUGGGAUAUAAAAUCGCAAUUGCGGGAAACAGAAUUGCGACUAUUGUCUUACAAUUGCAAUUAUAUUUCUCUCAAUUUUGACUUUAUAACUCACAAUUGCAAGUUUAUAUCUCACAAUUGUGAGAAAAAAAGUCAGAAUUUUGAGAUAUAACUCACAAUUGUGAGAAAUAAAGUCAGAAUUGCAAGAUAUAAACUCCAGUUCUGUGGAAAAAGACUAUUUUUCCCAAUUCAUGUCACAAUUCUGACUUGAAAACUCACAAUUUCAAGUUUAUAUCGCACAAUUGUGAGUAGUGAGUAGUACAGUUAUGUGAAGUCACUACUACACUAUUAAAAAAAAAAAAAAAAAAAAAAAAAAACAACUAUUUUUGGAGUCAACUUAAAAUAAUUUGUUACAACUUAAAGUUCAGCUAACUCAAAAAAGUUUAGUCAACUUGAAAUGUUAAGUUGUACUAAGUGACAACUUAGAUAUUUGAGUUCAUUCAACUUAAAAAAAAAUUAAGGCAGCUGGGUAACAAGCCCAGCUUUUAAGUUUAACAUUCCAACUUGUUUGUUUAGUUGACUCAAAUAGCUUAUCUACGUUUUCACUUAGUACAACUUAACAUUUUAAGUUUGUUUUUUACAGUGUACAAGUCUUUGUGCUCUUUCAUCAUAAUCGUAUUUCACGGGACUUGUACCUGAGCAUUUCACAUCGCAAAUACAGUACUGGGUGCGCUGCUGAGCAAGUUUACUAUGUGCCAUACGCCAUAGAUAUGUAGCUAUUUAUGUGAUGCAAAUGCAUCAGAAUUACAAUUAAUGCACUAUAGUGAAAGUGUUUUGACUACUGGAACCGUGUGAAAAUCGAUAAUGUGACCUUUUAAUUAUAAUUAGUGUGGAAAGGAAAAAAGUUGUUGGUUUGAGUUGUAUGCAUAGGUACGUUUUUGGAGUUUUGCAAAAAUAUAAAGGCACGUUUUUUCCAAUGAGCCCAUGUUGCAACCACAAGCAUAUUAUUUCUCAUACAUGCACCAUUUGUGGUAUACACAAGAAUGAUACCGAUACCUCAAACUGAAGGCUUAUGAGGAGCGGUUUAUGUGCUAUUGCAUUUAUUAUUGGCUAAAUCAAACUUACGAUUUGAUCAAACAGCCAAAAAUCCCCUGGAAUUACAUUUAUGCAAGGACCCGAGUCAUUUCAAGACCAGAGACUUGAGAGUGUGGCGGCGAGUUUUGCAUUCACAGACACCACUCACGUUUUCUUCAGAAAAUGUGAAGAAUAGUUUUGAUUUUGUUAUCAUUUUCUUAUGUGCUACUAAAAUGCUUCUGUUUAUCCAAACACUAUUUAUCCUAAAAUGCAAGUCACAGCAGUUCAUGUAUUAUGUAAAUUGUAUUGAUUAUUGCACUAUGCGUGUAAAUAUUGUACUUGAAUGACUUCUGUACUACAUAUGAAUGUAUAGCCACAAAGGAAUCUCAUAAAAUUUGUAAAAAUGCUAAACGGAGUUAAAUAUAUAUAUGUUUAACACAGUCUGUCAUUUUUGAACACAGACAUCCUGAUUUAACUCUAAAAGAAACUGCCUACUGCAGAUGCACUUUACGCGCUGUCCUGAACACCAGAGAGCGUUUGAUUUUGUUUACUUCUGUGUAAAGGUUCACAUGCGCAUGGCCACGAAGAUAGCAUCAAAUGUAGUUACGUGUGUUGGCAGUUGUGAGUAGGAGUGAUGAUGGAGUCGCAUAUACUGCAUUUUAAACCGAGAGCUGGAGAAAAUGAAAACGCCUUUCUCUCAGAAAUUUCAGCGAGCAUCAAAACCUAACAUUUCAAACCACAAAACAUGCUGACACCUUGAGAAGCACGACACUAAGCUGCAUGGCGAAGAGUUUCCAGCACCCACACAGGCUUGUCCUGAAUAUCUAAUGAGAAACACGAUAUGGCCUAUUAAAAAAACCUGUGGGCCGACCUAUUUCACCGCAUGUAGGUUUCACUUUUUUUGAGUUUAUAGUGAAAUGUUUCCUUCCAAUCAGCCGCUUACCCCGAAGACAACAUGCAUCUUAUUUUCCAUUAACGGUCCUCAUUUGACACUGCAUCCUGCUAUUAGAGUUAAGGUAGGUCUUUAUUACAAGAAAUAAGCAACAAUAUAUGUAGUAGGCUACGUUAUGUAAUAGUAGAAAAAAAAAAAUCUUUUUAAAACCAAAUUCCAUUUGGUUUUAAAGCAGCACUACAAAUACAAUAGUCUCAUUAUCCAGCUCAGUUCAGUUCAAGUUUUGUUCUUCUCAUUCAAUAGUUUCAACAUUAGUUUCUUACAUGGCGUCACUAUACAAGUAAAAUAACGAUGAAAGACUGGUAAAAAGGGAUCAAGGGAUAUAACGCAACUGGAAGUCUGUAUUGACUAAGCGGCAUCCAGAACAGGAAACAUGAAAGCAAAUUUACCAUAGCUCAAGCUCAGUAACUCUGGCAACUUAUGCUGGGAAACUAACCUGGUCCAGAGCAGGUUAACUGUCAGGCUAAGGUAAGCCCUUUGUCUCUCACAUACAAUUAUUUGACUUUAUUACCAGUCCAAAAAUAAAAGUAUACAAAAAAAAAAAAAAAAAAAAACAUGCAACUUAAAUAAAUCCAGUAAAUAAAAUUAUAGGCUACAACCGAUUGUAUUCAAUGUAUUGUGUGUCAUGUCUGCUAUGCAUUGGGGAAAACACCACGUCUUAAAUGCAUUAAACAACACAAAUAUAUUGCUGUUUGCCAUGGUGUAUCGAUUUGAUCUAUGAUCGACAUAAGGGCUGACAUUAUUUUGACUCACUGAAUCUGGAUCAAUUUAGUGAGAUUGCGUGAACUUAAAUUGUCGUUUAUGAAACCGCUUUAGUCCCGAUCGAUUUGUUAGGUUAUUUCAAGUCAGGUUUUGGACUUUUAUCCCUGCUUUUCUUAGCGUCUUUUAUGAAACAGACCCCUGUUCUAACUCUGAGGAUGAUCACUUUAUUGACUAGCACACUGCACAAUUAAAUGCAAACCAUUAAGUCAGAGGCCCUUAUAAAGACUAACUUGCUCUUUUAUGAACAUUUGCUCUUCACAGAAAAGUGACAAGCCUGACAUCACCCAGAUGAUAAUUCAAAGGCCAGCUCUUUUUACAGUAAACCAGGAUGCAGCUGACAAGACAGACUCCAGUACGAAUCCUCAGCGUUGAUCAAGAAAGUCCACAGCUCAAAACCCAUCUAGAGUGGAAACCAUCUUGGAAGAAAAUUUUGUAAUGGAUGGACUGACCGAUCUCAGGCCUUCUGUGUCCAUUGUUUUCGGACUGAUUUAUGCCCUGCACCUGGACUAAGUGUAUGAAAAGCACUUUAUAUUUUACUCAGCAGGUAAUGCUCAACAUCAGAAAAGGUGAGUUAGCACCUAAAAUACAGUACUGCCAAUAUUGUGAACUGAGAGUGGAAUAAAACCAUAAAAAGUUUGUUAAACUAGUGUUUUCAUGUUUUAUGUGGAAACGUUUUUAGAAAAGCGUUUUGUUUUGUUGUGUUUUUAAAUUAACAUUUGGAAUUGAAUUAAAA